UAAUUUAAUAUACAAACAUAAAAUAAGCACACCCUUCCAUACAUUUACAGUUCUCUUCUUUGCUUGUAGCCUUCUUCGUAUUUUUCUUCUCCUCCUCUGAUCUUCUCCAUCUUCUUCUUCCUCAUUCCCUCCUCCCUUCUCUCUUUCCACCAUCCUCUCCUUUCUUCUCCCUUUCUCUCCUCCUCACUUUUCUCCUCAACUUGUCUACCUACUCAUACCUUCGUCCUAUGUACUCAUGCCCUCUACUAUGAGUCCAUUACUCAUCUCUAAAAACAAGGAGUGGUUUUUUAAGUCAUUUAUUUUAAACCAGGUUAGUUUGAAAUUAUAUAUAGUUGUAUGUAACUAUAUGUUUGGGUUAAUAUUUAUUAUAUAGUGACGCUUGUUUUCUGUUGCUCCAGAGAACAGGACCCCGAGCAACGGAUGCCAGCUGCAGGAAAAGGGAUUCCACCUCAACAUUGGGAAGAGCUUCCUGACAAUCCUCUCAUCUUUCUUUUCUGAACUUCCUACCACCUUUUUAAUUAUCAACAAUUCAUGGGCCAGCAAGUAUAGAGGUGAGAGACUGCCACGCUACAGGUAUGGAGUCAUGCAGCCACCCAUAUAUGACUGGCAGGACAAGUGAUCUUCCAAUGGAAGAAGUUCUAGCAAUUCUCAGGAGAGAAUGCCUAGAUGAAAGUAAAGUUAUUUCAUUGCCACCUGUGCUGCCAAAGGGAGGUGAUGUGUUUGUGUACUGUUCCUCCUCUCCUGAUCCUAAACAUGAGCAUGAUUAUCGUUUUGACCGGUACAGAUGGGUAGCAAGGGGGUCAAAUUUCCAUCGGAGAAGGUUGCACCUCCCCACUGUACUGAAAAGAUACUACUGUCUAAAGGACCCAGCUGGAUCCUGGAAAGACUCACUGCUUGGUUUCAAGAAACAUAUAUUCUGCCUCAGGGAGUGCACAGAUCCUAGAAAAUUGUACAUUAUCCACUAUUUGGGUGAUGAAACAUUGCACCAGCCUUCCAGUCAUGGUAACAGGAAGCAUUCAAAGAAGCCUUUUACUGGCACUACGAAGAAGGUUUUACCAAAAAUAAAAAUAGAAUCGAAGUCACACAAAAAGCCAUUGAAAGCCUAUAAAGAUUUACAAAUGGUUGCAUCACUGGACAGUUCUCACAGAUGUAUGGCCAUUGAUCAUUCACAUAAUCUGAAAUGGGUACAGAAUGCAUCAUACAAACUCAACCAGAAAAAACAAAUUAGCAAUGAUGAAAUAUUCAACAUUGUGGAACUCUCAUGCCAUCUUGAAAAUUUUAUCAUGUCGUUCACGUUAGUCCCCAAUGUGACUGUUUCAUUUGCGCAUCCCGGUAUCAUUGCUGAGGCAGAAGCUCUCCUCUCUCUCUCAAGUGAAGAUGUAUCCUUGCCACAACUUGUGUCCUAUGACACAACUUUCAAACUAGGCGAUUUCUACUUAUCUCCCAUAGUAAUAAGAAACAUUAUUCUAGAAGGAGAUCCAAUACUCCCUGUUGCAUUUCUCCUACAUACUAAUGAAUGUACGGCAUACCAUGUUGACUUUUUGUGUGAAAUACUUUCAAAACUGGGAGGAGACAACAUGGAAAAAAUACCAUUUGUAAUAGACCGAGAAAGUGGUGUUGUUCAACCUUUGGAAGAGAAAUUCCCACAGAUUCCAAAGGUAUAUUGCAGAAAUCAUAUCCUAGGAGAUGUGACGAUGUGGGUAAAGGCUCAUGGUGGGAAAAAAGAUGACUUGAUAGUUUUAACAGACAAUGUGACACAACUGUUAAAAUCAUCAUCCAACGAGCAAUAUCAGAAGAGAUAUGGGGAAUAUAGUGUGCUGUGGAGUCAACCAUUUAAAGAAUUUUUUGAUAAAGAACUGAAGGAUUGCAUUCCCAAAUAUGCUGCAAAGUUCCAUAUUGAAAAAUUUGCUGCAUUCAGAAGUGACCAAACUGCAACCAAUAACAUCAGUGAGAGCAUGAACAAGAUGAUUAAGGAUGAGAUGGACUGGACAGAUAUACCAGUUGAUGCUAUGGCACUCACAAUGUACUAUAUGCAAACAUAUUUUUUUUAUGAGUUCAAACGAGCAUAUUGUGGUCUGGGAAACUAUUCUCUUAAAAUGCAAUUCUUACACCUACAGAAAUCAUCUCUGAACGUAGAUUUCCCUUUAUUUUACCCACUUGAAACAAUUAUUGAAAACAUAAAAUCCACCCAAGAUCAAAACCGUCCCAGGACAGGUGUGGAAAAACCAAAGAAUUGUCACAUGAGCCAAAUAGCUCUAGCUAAGCUGUGCAAGGACUCUGGAGGAGUUGCUUUCUGCUCUCAGUCAGGCACCUUCACUGUCCGUGAUGUUCACAGUAAUAAAAUGCAAGCAGUUACACUUUACCCUCAACCUGCAUAUUGUUCUUGUCGCAGUACAGGGCAAUGUUACCAUGUUAUUGCUGUUCAAAUGUCAAUUUGUUGCAUGGAAAGAGUUGACAAAGAGUGUUAGAUUAAAUAAAGCUGGAAAGAUAAAAACCCAGAUCAGAUGACUAUCACUGCAGAGAAAGCCCAGCACCUGAUUCCACUGUCUGUAUGUUAUACCAUGAACAUCAUCUUCCACGUAACUGCAAGGUCACUGACACAGUCCUUGAUACUUCAGAAAUUAAAGUGUAGAUUGCUACACUUGCAAACAGUGCAAUCCUUGAGGAUAUGUCAUGGUGAUGUUCACGGAAAGGUUUGUUUAAUGUGCUCAUGGAAUGAUACAAGGGAGGGAGACGGGGCAAUGGACAAAAAAGAAACAUGGCCAAAGAAAAAGUGUUCUGCACAAGGAGGGUUAUUAGUAAAAGUUAUCAUAGUUGUAAGUUUAAUGUGUUUUUCUGUUUAUAUAUAUCAAGAUAAAGUUGUCGACUAACUUUCAUCCUC